AUGGCGUUGGCAACUGUACUUUCAAUGUUACGCUAUGUGGGGGAGAUCGAUGAUCGAGAUUUCGUUGAUCGUCUGCAUAGCUACUUCACUACGAAUAUACUUAUCGCCACUUCAAUUAUAGUCAGUUUCAAGCAGUUUGGUGGCAAACCGGUAGAAUGUCUUGUCCCAGAAAUUUUCACUAGCUCUUGGGAGCAGUAUGCAGAGAAUUAUUGUUGGGCUCAAGAUAAUUAUUAUGUUCCAUUAACUGUUCCCGUGGAAAGCAAACGGCCUGAAGAAAAAAGAGAAAGCCGCAUUUCUUAUUAUCAGUGGGUUCCAUUCUUUCUUCUUGCUGAGGCAGCCUGUUUUCGAUUGCCAAGUUUAUUGUGGAAGUAUAUGGCUGGUUAUUCGGGGAUCAAGUUGCAUGAAAUAGUGAAAUUAGCGUCGGAUCCAAAUAACAUAAAGCCGGAUAUAAAGAGAGCCAAUAUCAAGUCUCUCACUGUUCAUUUACAGGGCGCUUUGCGUUUCCACCGACGACUACAAAAAAAACAGCUUCGGCCUCAUCGAAUAUUGCGGUUUUUUAAUAUACCAUAUACUGCUUUCUUUGUUACUUCGAUGUAUAUUCUCACAAAAAUGUUGUAUUUAGUGAAUGUUUGUAUUCAGCUUUACCUCUUAAAUUGGUUUUUGGAAACUGAUCGCUACGCUUGGUACGGACUAGGGGCUGUAGUUGACUUGAUUCACGGAAAAACGUGGGAGCAGUCUGGUGUUUUCCCUCGCGUAUCUUUAUGUGAUUUAGAUGUUAGAGUAAUGGGGAACCUUCAGAAGCACACCAUUCAGUGUGUCCUCGUAAUCAAUAUUUUCAACGAAAAAAUUUUCGUAUUCUUUUGGUUUUGGUUUUUAAUGUUGAUGGUUUUGACGACCCUCAGUUUGUUCUACUGGCUUUUCGUAUCGAUUAUUCCUCAGCCCAAUAGACGUUUCAUUAACCGACACCUUGAAAUGAGCGAAUUGCCAUUUGAUCCUACAGAAAGUGAGAAGGAUGUUAAGAGAUUCAUUAACAGUUAUUUGAAAAGCGAUGGACUGCUGGUGAUCAGGAUGCUGACGAUGCACGCAGGUGUCAUUUUUGGAACUGAACUGGUAUUAUCUCUUUGGACAUCUUAUUUUGGAAUUGAACGAAAAUUUAAAAGACACAAUUCGUUUUCUGGUGCGACAACCCUUUGGCCGCCUCCUCCAGAUAAACCGAUAGGUGAUACGAAACUGGAUAGGAUCGAGGUUGCUGAGAGUUUUGAAAAUCAGGAAAAUCUUAUUAGGCAAAGACGUCUCGCAGAGAGUGGUUUCAAAACUGAUCAGCAAACGAUUAGAUUGGGAGAUAAGGCAGCUGAGUACAGUAAGCUGCUGGACCCGAAAAGUGAUCUGCGUUCGAAGGAACUCAGUUCGCCAAAAAAAAGUAAAAUGGCCGUGUGA